UGCACUGCACACCUGCUCGUGCACCUGGCCCUUCUACGCAUGCGCACAAAUGGGGUCGCAGUUUAAAACGAAGCUCAUCUCUUCAGAGGUGAUCAGUAUGCUCGGACUUAGUGGCAUGAUGUUGAUGUGGGUGAUUGUGCUGGUACUGGUGAGUGGCGUGUCGUGUGAAGACAGUUCCUUGCCGGAAACAGUUCGGACUCUAAAGGCCCAAGUGAGCGCAUUACUGGAAGACUUCGGGCUGCUGGCCAAAACCUCAGAACUCCUCGAGCUGCGGGAGGAGCUAGCAGCGCUCAGGCAUGAGCUGUUAGAGGCCCGUCAAAAUAAUCUUGCAGCAAGUUCCACGACAGGCAACCAGCAAAAGAACGAUCACCUGACAGUACAGUGGCUGGCAACUACCGUGAGCGAGUUGAGAGGUGAGGUGACAGAGGUGGCUGCUUCGCACAACACAUCUGCAGAGCUUCAGCGCAGAGAGGAACUCAAUUCAGAACUGGGACUUCUGCGCGGAGACGUUGCCAGCGUGCGGAAGGAUUUCGAGGAGCUGCAAGCAACGCAGCAGAGAGGCGCAAUAGCACUCGCACAGGCGGAACAAGACAUUAUGGACGUCAAGACGCAGGCGCAGAAUGUGGCAGCAGUUUGCGCCGACACUCGGAAUCAGUUCCAGACUGCCCAGACAGAAUGGUCACUCACAAUAAAGUCUCUCAAGAAGUCUCCAAGGACAGGCAAAACUUACAAGGCGUUGGGCAAUGAAGAGACGGAGAAGGACGGGAAGUACCGUCAUCACAGAGUUCUCCGCAUGCAGAUGGCGGAAUUGGACAUGUCGGCCAAGAAGCUUUCUGCCAACCAGGUGCAUCUAGAUCACCAGGUCCGUCGACUAGAGAAACAAAUGAAGACGGUGCUGAGCAGCCACCAUGGUCGGGGUGGGGGGAACCAUGAUGCGGGGGUGGGUGAAGUGACUGCGCGGCAGCUGCAGGCUCGCCUGUCUGCUCUCGAGCUGGCCUCUAGAACUGCAGGAAAGGCUGUUUUUAACAUGAGCCGACAGUUGGUUGGGCUGGACAAGUUGCACCAAUCCAUGUUGCAGCUGCUGGAAUCUGUGGAGACACUGGAGAACAAGGUGGACCGCACAGUGCCCGAUCUUCAACGCGAGAUCUCCAAGAUGGAGUUCAAUAUGGCUCAGAUGACUUCGUCUAUCUCACUACUUAAAGAGGACCAGGGGAACCAGCAAUCCUAUCUGAAAGCUCUUGAUGCAGGGGUGUCGGCCAUGCAGAAGCAUCAGGAGAGAGACCGCGGUCACCUGAGCGUCCUGCAGGCCCAGAUAUUGAACCUCACAGCCUCAGCGCCACAGAUUUUGUUUCCUUAUAUAAAGCCUGAGACUAAAGACGGUUUCAACAGCAGCUCCAUCUGGAGUUUGGUGCAAGAACUGUCUGUGGUGCAGAGAGGAUACCAGCAGAUUAUCAGCUCUCUACCACGAGACUGUGGGGCGGUGCAGGGGCCGAAUGGUCUGUACCUCAUCUCGCCAGGCAGUCUGGGGAUUCCUCUCCUCAUAUCAUGUGACCAAGAAACAGCUGCAGGGGGCUGGGCCCUGGUACAGAGGAGAGUGGACGGCUCUCAGGAUUUCAACCGCAAAUGGAGCGAAUAUGCCACAGGAUUUGGCUCGCCAUCUGGUGAGUUCUGGCUCGGAAACGAAGCCUUGCAUCACCUGACAGCCAACAACUGCUCGUCACUAAGAGUGGAUCUCACGGACAUAUAUGGCAAGAGCUGGGUUGCAGAAUACGACGAGUUUACUGUCUCGGAUGCCAGGGACGGCUACCGCCUGCACGUAGCCGGGUACCAGGGCAACGCGAGCGACGCUCUGGAGUAUCAGAACCGGAUGCAGUUCAGCGCCAUUGACUCUGACCGCGACAUCAGCAAUACAAACUGUGCCGCAAACUAUGAGGGUGGCUGGUGGUUCUCCCACUGCCAACACGCCAACCUGAAUGGGCGCUAUAACCUCGGGCUCACGUGGUUCGAUGGCUCCAAGAACGAGUGGAUCGCAGUGGGACGGUCGGAGAUGAGAGUUCGACGAAGACCAAACUGCAACUCACACGAGUCAAGUGCCAGCCUUAGAUAAGUGGUUGGAGAAUAAAGAUGACUUGAAGCAUCUUGAGUUUGUUUCAAGGAAGACACUGCCAACUGUACCUCAAAAGACAGAGUGUUCACCAUUCAGGCUGUGAAUUACCACAAACAAAAUAUAUCGAUGUGACAGACUGCCAUAUGAGUGUGCCGUAGUCAUUUCUUUAGUCAUACAUGACCUCAGAGACUUGCAUUAACUGAUCUUAAGGUCAAAGUGAAGUUUCUGACAGCUCUGAGGAGCUAUUUAUUACACAUUUUAGUCAUUUUUGUACGUAGCUUAUGUGUAUGUAUAUAGUGUCUGUUUGUAGUGUAAGUAUUCGUAA